UAAAUACCAACCAUGGCUUCUAUUUCCAAUGGAGGAAACCAUGUUGCCAAAAAUUCAUCAGUGUAUGCAAGAAUCCGCCUUGGCGAAAUUUCAGAUGUUCCUCAUAUACACAAGUUGAUAUAUCAACUGGCCGUAUAUGAACGUUUUGAGCACUUAUUCGAAGCUACCGAAAACUCAUUAUCCGACACCCUCUUUAAAUCUCCACCAUUUCAAUCUGUUACUUGUUUCAUCCUGGAAAUUUCUCAGCACCCAUUUCCACAAGACAAGCAUUCCAGGAAUCCUAACUAUACUCCUAUCAUAAAGACUGUUGAUCUCCAAGAACCAAUCAACGACCCGGAUUCUAACGUUUUUAAGGUAGGUAAUCUUGAUAGUGAUUUUGAUGGUCAUGAUAUUGUUGUUGUUGGGUGGGUUAUCUUUUUUCCAAAUUACCCAGCAUUUUUAGCAAAACAAGGUUUUCAUGUAGAUAAUUUGUUUGUGAGAGAGUUUUAUAGAGGGAGAGGGUUCGGGAAAAUGUUGUUAUCAGCAGUGGCAACUCAUGCUGUAAAGUUGGGGUUUUGUCGUGUUGAUUGGAUUUGCUUGAAAUGGAAUGAGAACGCUAUCAAAUUUUAUGAAGAAGGUAUUGGCGCUGAGGUUAUGAAUGAAUGGGGUGUUUGUAGGUUGGUUGGAAAAGCCCUCCAGGCUUAUGGAGAAAACUAAAAUAUGCACCAUGAUGAACUGCGGCAUUUUUAGUUUUAUUUCGGUAUCUUUACUUUUAUUGAUAAUUGACUAUGUAGUUAAGGAACAUUUGAAUUGAAUUAAGGUCUGAAAUUUAAGGGUGCUAUACACUGUCUUGAUAUUGCUCACAGGCGGGGCUAUAGUUGUUAACUAUUCCAACGCUUUGUUUAUAAUGUUGUACGAUGACUUGCUAUAAAACUGGUUUUUA